GUAAUAGGGAAGAAGAAGACGUCCCUGCUGACUUGUUGUGGAGUAAGGACUGCAAACGAGCCUAUUUUUUAGAAACAUAUUUUAUCACAGGACAUGUUAUCUAAGUAAAAUUGUUGUCUUGACAUUUUUAAGCAAUUUACCUUGAAUCAUACUUGAAUUAGCUCAAAUUUAACACUCCAUUUGCCGGUUUAUUCUCCGGGUUAGCUUCGCCGGUUAGCAUCCAGGCUAACUUGCAGUUUUCAACGUUUCCGUAACGAGGUGACGUCACUCCGCCGUCUGUUGGCCGUUUGUUUAUGUGACCUUUGUAAUUUGGCGUCACAGUAGUUUCCCUGCCGCCGGGGACUUCAUGUUGAAGCAUCUCUCCGCUGCUCUCCAUCGCCUCCCCCGCCGCCUGCUGUCGUCUUCCCCGCGGACUGUGACCCGAGUCUCCAGCCUCCCCUUGGGCAGGAGGAUGGAGCUCGCCGCGGUGAGGUGCCUCCCCGGGGAGCCCAAACUCACCAUCUCCUUCUGUCUGGAUGGCAACAACAAGCACAUGCUGCGGGACCAGGACGAGGCGGUGGGGAAGGCCCUGGUCCGGAUCUCUAACAACCUCGUCAAGGGUCAAGGAAAGGCGAAGAAGUCGAAGAAGAACAAGGGUCAGCAGCCGAGUGAAGCCGCGGAGCCCACCGUUGUCAAGCUGUUUUAUGAAGGCGGAGAGGUGGCGGACUCGGUGCUGAACUCGGAGGCGUGGCAGGACGGAGCCGUGCUGCAGGUGGGAGAGGUGAAAUACUCUGUACAGAGGAACGCACCGACCUUCACCAACGCGGAGCUCCCGGUGUCUCUGCUGGCUGGAUUCCCUGUCUGCCCCAACCUGGAGGUGGAGUUUGGAAACCUGCAAGACUGCGAGUUCACCUGGUUCAAAGAAACCCACCCAGAGACGAGGUAAGUUAAGAGAGAGCGGGAUUAAGAGUGAGUCUGUGUGAAUGGGUUAUGGUUCACUCAGCCACAGGUUGGGGGUCUGUUUUGGUCGUCAGCCUUAAAUCCCCCAAAGUCGGAAUCAGAAUCAGAAUCUCUUCAUUGUUUCGUCAAGGGAAAUUAGUUUUGCAGCAGGGCUCACAAAAGACAAAAUCAAUAACCAUGUCUUUUGAGUCUCAACUCUUCUGCCACUUGGUCAUGCUGUUGCAGUAUGUGCUGAAUGAGGUUGGCAUUAACCAGCUGAAUGUGCAAGGUCUUCCCUGAAAAGGUAAAAUCUAGAAGGUGGCAGCCAGUGGACAUUGUUCAGCAGUCAUGGAGCCUUCCCAGUACAUAAGCUGCUCGUGCUGGUUUUAGAACUGUGCGCUGACAACACGUGGUGGUCUCUCACCUUUUCAGAGCAAGGGAGCCAGCAUCAUAAUUUCCAAAAAUAAUGUCAAGUUUUGAUAAAUCAGACAACAGGACAGUAUUUUACUUCAUCUAAGUCCAUCUAAGUAGACUCAGGCUCCGAGUUGUCAGAAGUUGCUGGCAUGUCUGGAUCAUGUCAAUACAUAGCAAGACUUCUGAGGCUGGUUUGAAUCAGAUGAAUAGAGCUGAUACUUGGUGAAUGAAUAAUGAAGAUGAAGCAUUAAUCUGUCUCUUCUUGUUCUUGCUUCAGUCCUGAAUCUGCUGCAGAAGCAUCUGCUCAGGAUGGCGGUUGGACGGAGGUUGGGUGCGGUCGAGUUCACGUCCCCUCAACUCAGGACAUUGGCCGCAGGCUCAAACUGCGGUGUACCCCUAAAGGCGGGGGUCGCAGCGGCCUGGUGAAGGAGCUGAUCUCCGGGGGAGCUGUGGAGGCGGGGCCAGGCGUGUGCACAUUCGACAACAGACACAUGUACACAAUCAAAGAGGCAGAGUGGCCGUCCGUGCGGGUGAUGUCAUACAACAUCCUCGCUGAUGUCUACGCCCAGACUGAGUUAUCUAAGACGGUACUCUACCCUUACUGUGCUCCCUACGCCCUGCAGCUGGACUACAGGCUGAACCUGAUCAAGAAGGAGCUGGCUGGAUACAACGCUGACAUCAUGUGUCUGCAGGAGGUCGACAAAGGUGAUCAGUGCAGAAAUUAUAACCUUAUAAUUUUGAACAGUAUCUACUCUUUCUGUCUUGAAUCAUCAUCUGAAAAUUUGAGACGAUGAUUCCACCAAAAUCCACUCAUAAAAAAUCUGAAGUUUUUAGUGUUUUUUCCAGUAUGUUUAAGGAUAACACUGAAGAAACUAAACUUCUUACACUUUUAUGACACGCACCUUCAUUGCUUUGAAUAUUAAUAGCAAAUUAAAAAAACCUGGAAGGGAUCUAUGUUUACAAGAUAAUAUUUACCUUUAAGUUAAGACCUUAACCUGCUGCUGCCUGACCCUCUUGAUAUUCUCUGGACUCUUCAGGUGUGUUCAUAGACAGUCUGACUCCGACUCUGGACGCCUUCGGUCUGGAUGGUGUGUUUAAGGUGAAAGAGAAGCAGCAUGAAGGACUGGCCACUUUCUACCGCAGGUCAGGUCUGCCGGCGUUCAGAACUACGAUACAGUGUCCUCAUGAUGUGUGUGUUUUUGUGAGUGUGCAUGCAGCUUCAGUUUGGUGUUAUUCUGCUGCUCUGGGUCAGGGUACCACUGGGGUUUUUGGGCCUCAUGAGAAAUACCACAAUGAGCCCUGACAUGUCUCUACGUUCACAAGGUUACAGACCUGAUCAGUCCUACACACCAAAAAGUCAAAGGAUGUUCGUUUUAAAGCUGUUUGAGUCAAAGCAGCUCAUUCACAGCAGUUUAUAGUUUGUAACAACAGCGCUCAGUUAAUAUGAUGAUAAACUUUUUAAAUCCAGGAUUUAAUCCAGGACACUAAAGAUUACAUCAUGUUUUCUUUCAGGUCCAAAUUUAAGCUGCUGAGCCAACAUGACAUCAUGCUAAGUGAAGCAUUGACGUCUGACCCCAUCCACUCUGAGCUGUUGGAAAGACUCUCCACUAACAGCACUCUGAAGGAGAAGAUACUGCAGAGAUCCACGACGCUGCAGGUAUGAGAAGCAGAGAGUUUUUGUUUUUUAAUUGUGAUCCUCAAAUCGGUCGUUUGAGACACUUCUUGUCAUAAAACAGCUGCAUGAAAACAAGAAAUUCCCUGUUUUGUGGCACUUCAGUUUUGGUGAGCACAAGCUGUGACUCAUUUCUUUGCAGGUCAGUGUGCUUGAAGACCUGAACAAACCAGGGAGGAAGGUUUGUGUGGCUAAUACACACCUGUACUGGCACCCAAAAGGUAAAACGAUGUAUGAACAGACCUAAAUCAGUAAGAGCAGACUGAUAAGAGCUUAAAGGAACUGACUUGAAUUUGUCUAAAGGAGGGAAUGUCCGCUUGGUCCAGAUGGGCGUGGCUCUGAAACACCUGGGUCAUGUGAUCAGUGAGGUUGCACCUGGAGCCCCUCUUAUCUUCUGUGGUGAUUUCAACUCUGUCCCAACCUCAGGUAACAGAUUGGCUUACUUUACGGGCAGUCACUCUGCUGUUCACACUAACUUCAGCCUUUUCUCCUGUCACUGAGUCGUAUGGUGUCGUUGUGUAUCCUCUUUGUUGUACUUCAGGUGUGUUCCAGCUGCUCAGUGAGGCCGUGGUCCCUCAGCAGCAUGCAGACUGGGACAGCUCGGGGCUGGAGGACUCCUGCAGGAUGGAGCUGCUUUCUGCCUUCCCUCCGCUGCAGAGCGCCUGUGGACAACCCGCUUACACAAACUACGUUGGAGGGUUUCAUGGCUGCUUGGAUUAUAUCUUCAUCCAGCAGGACAGCAUGAAGGUACGAAUUCUGAUACUGAUACCCACCUUAUAGACACUGGAUGUUACACAUGUAGGAGAAAAUGUCCAAAAGGAGGAGCUGGUGCAGCAGAACCACCACUUAAGCCCUUUUCAGACCUACACAAGGUUCCUCCACAUACAAACACAAACAAACAGUUUUCCUCCCUGGAAUAUUUCCACCUCGCCUCUUAGCAUUUCAGAGUAAAGCCGAGGUGAGCUCAUGCAAGAAUGGAUUGAUGUCCUCUGUGCGUGUGUGUGUGUUUGUGCAGGUGGAGCAGGUGAUUCCUCUGCCCAGCCACCAGGAGGUCACCACCUAUGAGGCUCUGCCCAGUGUAGCUCAUCCCUCCGACCACAUCGCCCUGGUCUGUGACCUGCGCUGGAAUCCCUCUGAACUCUGACCUCCAAUUAUCUAGACGACAAGACAAUCGAACUUGACCUUCAGUGGCAGCAGCCAACACUCUUUGCUUUUGGGUUUCUCUAUGACUGAGUUGAGUCUGAGCACAGAAACCUGGAGAUCUUUAAAUCCAUUACCCGACAACAGAGUCGUCUUUCAUGAAAUUUUGAAUGAACUGUUGUGAAUGUGAUCGUGCUGCGUUGUUACAGAACAGCUUUUAUCACUGACAUUCAGUGCUUGUGGUGUAUCUGGGAAAAGAAAUGAAUGACAUAUCACUUGUUUAUUAAUUUAUUUUUUUUAAUGAGAACUCAGUGAGAACACACUCCAUACAAUUUGUGCAUGAAUGUCUGUGCGCUAAGUGUUUUCAGUUUGAGCCAGUCUGUGCUUCCAGUUCCAACAGGAGGGAUUUUACCAGUUUCUAACAGUCGAGAUGAUUAUUGGCUUUCUAACAAAAUCAUUUAACUAUAGAUUGAAUAUUAAAAGCUAUUUAUGAAAUAUUUAAUUUUGAUUUUGCUUCUUUGCCAAAAUAAAAGUUCAGGUGCUCUGAAAUGUUGAUAAAGGUGUGGGAUUCUGCAGUGGUGGAAGUGUGAGUGUGGUUUUAUCAAAGCUGGUAAAGGUGCAGAAAUAUUCGAAAGGGUCUUAAUUUAUAAUGGUGUGAAAACCCGUGAAUUUUUAUCAAAAUUGUCCAAAUUAAAUCUGAUUCUUUACAGAAA